CGCGCCGCUAAAAACAAUGUUUUGGUGAAAUCUUUGUUUUAUUACUUUGUCCCUCGUUUAUAUGUGUCCCGUCUUAUGGAUGAGCGGCGAUUCCUCAAGCGCAAGGAGAAGGCGCGCAGUGACGGCAACAGGGAGCAGGUGGCGAUCAGCUGCAAUCAGUUGGGUGACUUUUACAACCAGCAGGGGAAGUACGCCGAUGCAGUCAAGGAGUAUGUCCAGGAGGCGCAGAUCUAUGCCAGCAUGGGCAAGGAACUGGAGACGGGCAAGGCCAAGCGGAUGGUGGGCGAGAUGUUCACCCUGCUUUGUGACUAUGAUGCCGCCAAGGAUCACAUCAACGACUACCUUAAGAUUGCCAAGCGCCUCAAGAACCAGGUGGAGGAGCAGCGGGCAUAUGCCACUCUGGGUCGUGUACAUCUGUUGCAUGGCCAGAGCCUGGCCGACAGUUCUGCCUCAGGGGCCAUGGAACAGCUGAAGCAGGCGGAGAAGAGCUUCCUGCGCAGUCUUCUGCUUAUCAAGGAACUUUCCGGACAGAUUUCGAAGCUGGAACAGAUCGAUAUGCAAGCUCGUUGCUAUCUGAACAUCGGUGUGGUAAAAGAACACAUGGAUGCCCUCCAAGUUAUCGAGUAUAUCGACAAAGCCAUUAAAAUCAGUAAAACCCACGAGCUAUGGGAUCUCACCCAUUUGUGCUACAUUUCGAUGAGCUUGCUCUACAAUUGCAAGAAGAACGAUGCAACUGCGGCACUACGUUACUGCAACAUGGCCUUGGUGGCCAAACGACUGCCAAACAAGGUGAAGAAGAUAUGCGAAACACUAAUCACCAAGGCAGAUUUGAUAAAAGCAGGUGACUUUGCCAGUGCUAAGCAGAUCCUCACGAAGGCCUACAAGAAGAACACACCGGAUGAGAACGAUCGGACAAGCAUUGAGAAGCAGCUCAGGAUCGUGGUAAAGAUCUGUCAGACACUGGACGAUCUUGUGGUCACCAGCUCUGUGGACUAUGCCAAAUUAAAGACCUUGUACGAGAAACUGGGCGAUGCUUGCUGUCACCUCUUGAACUACGAGAAGGCUUUGAUUUAUUACCAAAAAAUGCUGGAAAAUGCGGAACUAAAUCAGGAGAGUGGCAAGAGUCUCGUGCCCAUUUAUGUGAGUCUCUACCAGACCUAUCGAGACAGUGGGCAGUAUGACAAGGCGCUGGAGUAUCUGUGGAAAGAGUUCGAGCUGAACCAGGACGUGCCGGCGGAGGCCUUCACCACUCUGUGCAGCAUUGCCGAAAUCUGCGAUCAGCAGUCUCAUCCCUUUUGGACCGUCCAUGAUAUUUACCAAAAGGCCCUCAGGCAGGCAGAGAAGGCUGGCAGCUCCUCUGCCAAGCUGGAAAAGAUUGCAAUGGUGCGACUGAGACGUCUGGAGCUCAAGCAUAAUAUGCAGGUUUUAGUUGAAAACCUUGAAACGGAGGCCAAAGCCAAGGGCAUUGAUUUGUCCCAUGAAGAUAGUUUUGAAGAUGACGAUGAGGAUUCCGAAACAGGUGAGGCCACUGUGCAGCAGAAUACUCCGGAUUGGGACGAUGACUUUGACUUGAACACGCUCACCGACUCCGAUGCAAGCGAUCUGGAUGAGAGCGAGAAGCCACGUCCACAGAGGGCCACCCGUGGUAGCAGAUCCUAUACCAUUAAGAAGAACAACAAGGGCGAAACGCAGCUGCACCAGGCGUGUAUCUCGGGCAACCUAGAGCUGGCCAAGCGGCUCAUCGAGCAGGGUCACACGGUCAAUGUGCGAGAUCAUGCUGGGUGGCUGCCACUCCAUGAGGCCUCGAACCAUGGCUACCACAUUGUGGAGCUGCUUCUGGAUAAGGGUGCUGCAUCGGCCAUCAACGAUAAAGGUGGAACCAGCUGCGAUGGCAUAACUCCGCUCUUCGAUGCCUGCUCUAAUGGAUUCCUAGAUGUGGCUGAACUCCUGCUGGACCGUGGAGCAGAUGCCACUGUACGAACGGAUUACAAUGAGACGUGUAUUAACGGGCUGGACAAGUGGCGUCAGACGGCACAGCUAGUGGACGGGGAGCAAGCUCAGUAUGCUCAACUGAGAGAGCGACUCCUACGCACUCUCUCCAAGGUGGGCAUCUGUAGCGACCGGAAUGCUCGUCCCCUAACCAAUUCCAAUGUACAAAGACCAAGCAGAGACGAGAGACUGAGCCAAUCGGAUGCAGAGGAGGAUGAAGAAGAAGCUCUUCGUGAGAGUCAUCGGAGAUCCCUCAGGCACAACCGCUCGGGAAGUGAAUAUGAAGCUAAGAAAACUGGAAGCACCUCUCAGCCAAGUGCUAGCAAAGAGUAUAAGAGCGUCAUGGCCCAACUGAAGAGACCCAAUCGCCUCUCCGAUGAUCCGCCCAUUUCCAGCACUAACAGCAAGCAGAAACGAAACGCCUUUCUGGACGAGGACGAAGUGGAUGCGGACAACUGGCUGAUAGACGACGUGGGACCGGAACGUAAGCGCAAGCGCAUUAACUCUGGCAGUCUUUCCACUCGCCCCUCCAAGGAGAACCUGCAAGACUCCACUUUGUCGCUUCCCAUUAACUGGGAUGAGGAUCUGCUCCAGGCUACGCCGGAGGUGGACUCUUCCCAACGCCAGAAGCAGAUGCGGAAACUCACAUUGUCACGCUCCUCCAGCAUGAAUAGCAAUAAAAGUGCCUCAUCGGCUCCGACUUCCAGUAAGAGAAAACAUCAAGCCACACUCAUGGACAGCGGUUUUAGUCGUUUCCGUAGCGAGAGUCCCUUUGGCAGCGAGUCCUCGCAUGAUGGCUCGGCCUCGGUAAUCAGCCUGCGUACCAUUGAACCCGACUCCACCACCACGAGUAUUCAGGUGCUCAUCUCCCCGUCCAAAACGUCACCUAUCAAAGUACAAACUACUCCCGUUCUGGCCACUACUGUGUCUUUCAAAAUCAAAGUGCAGGAUGAGUUUUUGCUGGUCCCGAUCGAGCGGAAAAAGCUUCAAGAUAUCAACAUGCGCUGGCUGGCUGAAGAGGCGGGAAGGCGCUAUAACAAGUUGACGGGCCUGACGCCUCUUCUGAGACUCAAGACUGCCGAUGGCUUUGCCUACGAGGAAACCGAUCCGGUUAGCGUGGCUCUGGAGCAAAACAUGCUAAUGGCCACCAUUCUGGACUGGAAAAUAUCUCCACUUUCGCAGAGAUACGAGGAAAUGUGCCAUCAGGUUCAGAAAACUGUGGACAACAAAGUCAAGCUACUGUUGGAACGCUCGCAGAAUAAUCUGAUGCUAGAACUUUCUGGUCUGUGGAUGCGGGCAUCGCAAACAGAGCCUGUAUUUAAAGCACUCCUGCAUCAGGCGAGACUGACAGUCUUGGAUCUUUCCCGUAACUUCAUAUGCAACGAGGGUUGCCAGCAGUUGGCCAAAUCCCUGCCUACGCUACUCCAACUUAAGGCAUUGCGAUUGGAAUGUAAUGCGAUUGGAUACCAGGGAUUGGAGGCUCUUCUAUGCGGUCAAGGCAUGGAUAAACUGGAGCUCCUAGAGGAGCUGAGCCUUAGCCAAAAUCCGUUGGGCAAUGCCAGUUUAAGGAUGCUGCAUAAGUUUUGUGCCAGUCCAGCAGGCCGUGCCCUAACCUCACUAAAAAUUGCCCAGUGUGAGCUGACGGAGUUGCAGGACUUUGAUCUGGCCUAUCAUCAACUAACCCGCUUCGAUAUAAGCUUCAAUCAGCUCACCCAACAGAGCGUUCGCCGGCUGACCGAGCAGCUCAACAGUUGCCGCCUGGAGCAUUUAAAUCUCAGCUAUGUUCGCUGGCCCCUGGACGAGGCCAGUGGCUUUGCUUUGGGCGAGCUUCUGGUGACGCUUCUAGAGGGUGGCACAUGCGAACGAUUUUCACGAGUGGAGCUCGCCGGCUGUGGACUAAGUGAUGCACAUCUUUACAAGAUUUGCCAACACCUGGGCAAAGCCAAGCAGCUCCAAUGGCUGGAUAUAAGUGAUAAUGGCAAGCUGAGUGGGACUGCCUUUGGCUAUAUUCUGGAUGAACUGCCUCAACUGCGGACAAUACUGGCCACCAAUUGUACAAAUCUUCUGGAUGACUCUCGUCUCCAGAAACUUGAAGAGCAGAAACAGCUGCCAAGACGUUUAGAACUAACCAUUGAUGAACAGAUGUUCUCCACACCCGGAGUUUUGGGGACCCUGCAGUCCAUUUGGCAGCUGCAGUUCGGCGACAAAGCAAAGAUGCUGAAGAUGUCGAACAAACGAAAGAAUGGCAGGCGCUACAAGGGAAUUAUAAAGCUUCUGGCUCUUGAGAGUGAAGCGGAAUAGCGUAAUCAAAGUGAAGUGUCAUCGUGUUUAAACAACUUUGUUGCCCCAGAUUAGUUUUCUUUUAUGUUUGACAAUAAUAUAGCGAAAAAUCUG